UAUUGCAACCAAGAGUGCUUAGCAUUUUAGAUCACAAAUGGGGAAAGCUUCUUCCAUCAACUUCGUUGUCGCGGCCAAUAUGUUAAUGGCUGCUUGCAUUCUUACUAUAUCAGUUCCAACCUUGGCAACAAAUUACAAGUCUACCGGAUAUUAUGAGCAUCCACCACCACCACCACCAAGGUCGUCGCCCACGUGUAGGAAUGAAACUGAACUGUGUAUAGGUUAUGGUGAUUACAUUUGUUGCAAAGGAUUAAAUUGCAUUUUAGGGGAUCCAAUCCUUCCAAUAGGUGUAGGUUUAUGUUUACCUUUAGGUGAACAACCACCAUCAACUGAUGAGUGUCGAAAAAUUAACCAACUCUGUCAUCCUUAUGGACAGUAUAAAUGUUGUGACGGAAUGAGCUGCGUCGAUACUCGUACGCUGCCUCCGGUUGCCGGUGUUAACACCCAAAAGCUUGAGCUUCCACCUGGUGUAGGAAUUUGUCAGGCCAUAAAACUAUAAGUACUAGUAUAUUGUUAUACCUCUAUCUUAGCUUAUUGUUUCAGCAAUUUUGCGUUAGUUGUAUUCCUUGUAUUUCUUUUGUGUUUUUUUGUUGUAUCAUUUGAAGUUUUUAUUUAUUUUUUUUAAUUUAUAAUUUUAAAGAAUUACUUUGUACUAUGUAUGUAACAAUUGAAUUUAAUUUUGGAAAAUUUGUAAUUAUUAAUCCCAACUUUCGGCUAUUUCCUUUCAUUAAUCCCAACUUUCGAUUAUUAUUGAAUAAUCCCAACUUUGGGGGGCAUUUUCUUUUAUCAGGUCAAAUGACCGGUGACCUGAUUAAAAGGUAAUUUUUUUUAAUUUUUUUUUCUUACAUGCCACAUUUUGCAAUUUCAUUAGUUGAUUUUUUAAAAAAAAAAAAAUUUAAAAACCAAACCCACCAGCACCAUAGCCCCACCACCUCCUUCCUUAACACCACCGGAAACCACCAUCUCCUUCCCCUACCCCACUGAAAACCAC